AAGUUCUACUGUUCAACCUCUGAGAAUCAAUGCAAGCUAAGUCUACCUCAAGGCCUUGAUACUUUGCCUGAUGAGCUAAGACUACUUCACUGGGAGAAUUAUCCUCUUAAAAAUUUGCCUCAAAAAUUUAAUCCUGAGAAUCUUGUAGAGGUAGACAUGCCUUAACAUGGAGAAGUUAUGGGAAGAGAAGAAAAAUCUCGGAAAGCUAAAGAAGAUCAAUCUGAGUCACUCCAGAAACUUAACUGAUAUCCUGAUGUUAUCAGAAGCCCUGAACCUUGAACAUAUUGAUCUUGAAGGUUGUAAGAGUCUAUUUGACGUUAGCACUAUUCCUCGUUGUGGGAAGCUUAUUUCCUUGAAUAUGAAAGACUGUUCUCAUUUGCGAAGUCUGCCUGGCAUGGUGGAUUUAACAUCUCUCAAGCUUCUUAAUAUAUCUGGCUGCUCAGAGAUUGAGGAGAUUAAGGAUUUUGCACCAAACUUGACAGAGUUAUAUCUAGCUGGAACCGCCAUAAGAGAACUUCCAAAGUCAAUCGAGAAUCUCACUGAACUUGGUACGCUAGAUCUGGAGAACUGCAGAAGGCUUCAGCAACUGCCAUUUGGUAUAGAGAACUUGAGAUGUAUUGUCGAGCUGAACCUGUCUGGCUGCACAAGUCUCGGGCUAAAAGGCAUGGAAACUUUGGUGAGAUCACCGUGUCCGCUUCUGUCACUUUUUCCACUUCGGAAGCGGAAGAGGUGAGUUUGGAAGCGUAAUGGAGUCAUAUGAUUGGGCAUUAGAAGCGUGAUUUUGUAAAAACCGGAAGCACAAGAUCUCUCCAAGAGAAACAAAAGGUGGUUCACUGUUGGAAGAUAUGAUACUGAGAGGAGCAGGGAUCUGGGCAGAGGAUAAAAGGAGAAAUGGAUCUGAGAUGGGGCACAAGAUAAAGGACAGAUGGUGUUAGUCACUGCAUAAGUUAACCAGGUUGGGAGUUCAUGAUAUCAGAACACUUGUAAGAGAGAUUCUGAUUACUUAACUUGCUCGGACGCUAAGACCUGGUAUCAACAUUACGAUGUUAGAUUAUGCACCAUAUUCUUUGUUGGAACAAGAAACCAAUUUUAAAUAGAAAUCAUUGUUGUGACUUAGGAAAUUCACUGUUUAUGUUAUGUUUAGAUUAUGGUUUCCAUA